GGUUGGAGAGAGCCAGCCAUGCGUAAGGGGCCUCUGCCUACCCUGCCCUACUUUCCUCAGAGGCCAUUCCUGGCACUGGUGAAGUUGUGCUUUGCGAACAGGACCCUUCCCAACGCUCGCACAGCAUCUAGACUGACAGUCCGAAAAGCGUUACUCGAGGCAUGUAAAAACCCAAGACAAGGGGUGUCAAAAAUGUCACUCCCAGAUGCAGUGCGCGCUUGCCCCAUGCCCUUCUGCCCUGCACCACCGUUCUCUCCAGGGCACCUUUCCUUCCCUGGGCCCCACCUGCCCGGGUCGCCUCCACCCACAGCAGCCCCUUGGGGGGCGGACUCCUGUGGCCCAGCCCCGCGCGAUUCGUCACUCCUGCGGAACUUUCCCCUGAAAAUCCCUCCCGCAGUCAGCCGCCCGCCCCGGGAGGUUCUGCUCUCAGAGGCUUCCUCCCACCCUGUCCCGCCCGCGCACAGCGCACUCGUCUGGGAGCCUCGCAGCCCCACGUCCAUGUCCGCGGCGGUGGCGCCUGCGGCUGUGCACCCCGACAGCAUGCUCUCCGAGGCUGAGGAGCCCAAGGAAGCGCUUUCAUCAUGCCUGCUGUAUCUCCAUGGUCAACUCCUCGAAGAACCACCUGUCUGUCAAGCUUCCGUGUAGACGAUAGCUUUGAACAGGAACCUUCAAUUCAAUAAGUCUAACACGACCACACUCCUUCUGCCAGUGCAGAGCUGAUCUCUCUACUGUGUUUCUACUGAAUGCUACACCCCUCUUUUUGUGCUCUAUUAUAGUAAUCACUCCAUCACUAGAAUUCCAGUGGCAAAAGGGCAACAUAGUUUCUAUUAUUGUAAACAAAAUAAUUGUUGGAAAUUUUGAAUAAUAAAUUCAUUGUUAGUUUGUCACUAUAACAAAAUACCUGAGGUAAUUAAUUUAUAUGGGAACUUUUUUUUUGGUUACUGUUUGUUUAUUGAAAUAGGGUUUUACUAUGUAGCCCUUUCUAGGCCUUAAAUUCACUAUGUGUGCCCCUGGGGGCCUUAAAUCACUAUCCUGUACCAGCUUCCUGGGUGCCAGGAUUCCAGGAAUGCACUUCUCUGGCUGAAGGGUUUAUUUUUGACUCACAGUGUUAGAGGUUUCAGGGCCUGAUUGAUGGGCUUCUUGCCUUGGGUCUGUACUGAUGGUGGUUUAUCAUGAGGAAGGAAAACCAUUAAUGUGAUGGCCAGGAAGCUAAAGAGAGCAAGGGCAAGCUUGCUCUCCCCACCAUGGGACCCUCCAGUUACUGGAAAACCCCACCAUCUUCUAAUUUUGCUAUUGAGGACCUUUAAACCUAAGCCUGUAGGGGACCUUUGAGAUCAAAUCCACAGCGCCCACUAACAGGCUGGAAACCAGGCUCUCAGGAAUGUAUUAGGCAGCACAGUCAGAUACCAAAGAACCGUCUGCUUAGGUUGCCACCACUGCGGUCGCCACCUCUGACUGUUCCAGGUUUCUGUUACCGAGUACUUGGUCAUCCUCAGCCUUCAGUCUCCCAGAUAUUAGCAUCUGCUUGGUCUAGGCUGGCUCUGCCCUUGCUGCUAUGGGAGAGAGUACUUCUGAUUCCAGUAAUGGUUGUGGGAAGUGCCAGUUUGGCUUCUUCGGUUGUGUAAAGGAAGGCUUCUCCCCAAUGGGAAGUUGUUAUUUGCCUUCCUCAGCCACAGCACUCUACCCCACCACUUGCCCAGCAGCAGUCUGCUCGGCUACUUCCUCAUUCCUCUCAACAACCCUGUUUCCUUGCUUGCGAUCUCUCUCUGCCUCGUGGGUUCUGUCUCCAUGUACGUACACACACCCAUUUUGCAGAAGAUGCUCCUCCAGGCUGUUCCCUAGCAUCCUUCACUUCUGUUUUCACCCUGCGUCACAGUGAUUAGUUCCAUAUGCCUGUACUUUAUUUCGAAGUUUUUGACAACAACUUAAACAUUUUUUUUUUCCUGAGCUGCCUAUACCAAAUGGAGAUCAUGUCAUAUGGGAGGAGCUAGUGAUACUUUAUUAAAGAAUACAUUUUAAAUGGAGAUAUGCGCUGUAGCAGAAUCCUGGAGAGCAUUGCUCAGAAGCUGCCCAACUGAAAUACAAACAGUGCCCUCCAAGCCCAGAGGACAGGCCUAUUUGAUUUUCUUAAAUUUUUAACUCAACUCCUCUGAAUAGCGCAGGCAAAACAAGCAUGUGCCUUCGUCUCUGGGGUCAGGGCCCAAGUAGCUUGGCAGCCUCAUGAGUUCCCUUGAACACAGAAGAAGCAGUAUUGAAACUAGAAUAUACUGAGUUCUUCCCUCUACUAGAGACAGUGCUGAGCAUACUUCUCAUUUCAUAGUUGUGCAAUGAUCCUUGGUGCCCAUCCCAGUUGACAGUUGAGCAGAUUCAGUUCAAGGCAUAAACACUGGACCUGAAGCUAGGAAAAGUAAAAGCAGAAUCUGAACAGAGGCGAACUAUGUGUAGAAUGAGUUCUUUCAACCCUGUUCCUCCUCCCCCCGCCCCAUGUAAAACCUCCAGUAAUGUCUAAUCCUGCCCUCACCAGUCCUCACAUAAGGUUGGGGUGCAGGAAGUCUCCUCAUCCUGUGUCUGUAGGAGCCCGGGAGAAAGAGGCUCUGGCUCACUCUUCUGCCUCUUGCCAGGGGGCAGUUGCCCAGGAACUCUCAAGGGCCUUUGUCCAGCCCAAGUGCAGGAGAUCUGGAAGCCAGCACAGCUGGGUAGCAGGUGUGUGCAUCCGACAAACAGAGAGGCACCCUAGUACCUCUGGAGCCGUUCGGUGUUAUUAAUUCUAGUCACUGCCAGGCUGGAGAACCCUGGAACUUAUUCCUUCUGUGUAAUGUGUUUGUGUACCUGACCAUGUGAGAGCAUGUGGUAUUUGACUUUCUGUGUCUGGCUUAUUUCACCGAAUACAAUAAGGCUGAGUCACGUUGCCACAAAUGAUAGGAAUCCAUUUCUUUUUAUGGCUGAAAGGUAAUCCAUUUUGUACCCAUAUCACAUUUUUUUUAAAAAAAAAUCUAUUUGUCAGUGAACACCGGUGUAGUUUCAUAUCUUGGUUAUUAUAAAGUGCCCUGUUAAAUAUGGGCAUGCAGGUACUUUGGCAUUCUGAUUUUAUUUCUUUUGGAUAGACACCCAAUAAGUGGGAUUGCUGGAUGGUGUGAUAAUUCUGUUCCUGUUGCUGUUUGUUUGUUUACGAGGAACUUCUGUACUGUUUUCUGUAAUGAUUUAAUUUUUCUAUAUUGAUCUAUAUUUCUACCAAUAAUGUGUAAGAAUUCCUUUU